AUGGUUUAUCUUCCGAGGACAACCCCGAUCAUCGUAGGCGUCGGCGAAGUGAAGAACAAAUCACUCCAUCUCAACGACGCCAUCGAGCCGGCAGAGUUGAUGGUCUCGGCAAUACGAAAAUGCUUCAAAGACACGGGAGCCAACGAGAACGAUGUCCGCUCAGCAAUUGAUGGCUUGCUAGUCGUACCACCAUGGACGUGGCCAUAUUUUGAUUUGCCGGGCGUGAUCUCGAAGAAGGUCGGCUUCUCGCCAUCGCACUCCCAGGUGGGUGUACACGGAGGACAUCAGCCCAACGAGUGGUGUGAUGAGGCCGCAAGACGGGUUUCCACAGGGGAGAGCAAGGCGGUGAUCAUCACGGGGGGUGAAGCUCUUGCAUCACUGGCAGCAUGUGAGAAAGCUGGCAAGGUCCAUCCGCCAGGGUGGACUGAACCAGAUCCUGAGAAGAAAACUGUCCGCGUAGGGGAUCUUUCAGCUCGUGAACAAAACAUCGGGACAAAGCACUUGAUUGGGCUGCCGAUUCAUAUCUACCCGAUGUACGAGAACAGCCUGAGAGCAUAUACACGCCAGUCAAUUGAAAAGAACACUAUUGAAUCUGCACAACUAUACGAGGCCUUCGAUAAAGUCAGUAGCCAGAAAGAGUACAGCUGGAGGAGCGGGGAAGUCCCGAGAGAUGCAAGAGAAAUCGGGACAUUUACCAAGAAGAAUAGGAUGGUUUGCUCUCCUUAUCCUCUUUUAAUGAAUGCCUUCAACACCGUGAACCUUGCAGCAGCUUGCCUCAUCACUUCUGUCGAGCAGGCUGAGAAAUUAGGCAUUCCCAAGGAAAAGUGGGUGUAUAUCUUGGGAGGCGCGGGUACCCAUGAGAGGGCGCACUUUUGGGAGCGGUCAAACUUCCAUUCUAGUCCCGCCAUGCAACAAGCUCUCGAUGCUGCUCUAGAAGUGUCUGGCGUAACCAAGGACGAAAUAGAUGCCUUUGAUAUCUACUCGCACCUGGGGCUAAACGUGGUUUCUCCAUCUAAGCCAAUAACACUUCUCGGAGGUCUCACUUCGUUUGGCGGAGCAGGGAAUAACUACUCAAUGCAUGCUUUGGCAGAAAUGACCCGACAGAUAAGAAGUGGCACAAUACAGAGAGGGCUUGUCCUAGCAAACGGAGGCGUGCUUUCUCAUCAACACGCCGUAUGUCUUUCUUCUCAGCCCAGGAAAGGCAAGGAAGUAUAUCCCAAGAAUAAUCCUCUACCAAAAAUUGCAAUUGGCGAGGCUUGGGGAACCCCAUUUAAGGAGGUUGCGCAGGGCGCCGCAUUCAUCGAGACUUACACUGUUGAGUACAGUCGCGAUGGUCAGCCACGUGUAGGACUCAUCGUCGGCAGGCUGAAGAAUGACGGACACCGCUUUCUUGCCAACCAUGGGGACGACUCUACACUUCAAAAGCUGGCAGAUCCUAGUUGGGAGCCUAUUUACCAGCAAGGCAGAGUAAGCGGUAGCGAUGACGGGAGAAACUUGUUCUUCUUUUCGACCGAGUCCAAGAUUUAA